UUGACGAUCAUGGCGUCCAGGUGGCCAUCAAGAAAUACAAGAAGGAGACUGCUACUCUCGAGACCCUCAAGCACGAAUUGGGAGUGAUGAAGCAGCUCGAGCACGAAAACUUGGUGCGCCUCAUCAGCGUGAGAGAGAACGCUACCUUCAAAAACGAAGAUGAGACCACAUAUACUUGCUUCGCGAUAGUGCUGGAGUUCGUGGGAGGAGGUGAGCUCUUUGAUUUCGUGGCGGAGACUGGAAAGUUUUCGGAGAAGGUGGCGAGGACCUACUUCCACCAGAUGAUGAACGGCCUGCACUACAUGCACCAGAAGGGAUACGCCCACAGGGAUAUCAAACCCGAAAAUUUGCUACUCUCGCAUCUCUUCAUUCUCAAGAUCGCUGACUUUGGCUUCUCUACGCUCAUCAAGGGAAAAGACGGAACCGGAGUUCUCAGAACGAAGCUUGGAACUGAAGGAUACAUGGCUCCUGAGAUUCCCAACAAGAAGUACGAAGGCAAGAGCGUCGAUAUCUUCGCAGCCGGUGUCAUCCUCUUCAUCAUGUACGCCGGAAACCCUCCUUUCGAGAAGGCCACCCCAACCGACCCCUACUACAAGAUCCUCAAGGAGAAGAAAUACGACAUCUUCUGGAAGGCCCACUCCCGCAAGAGACCAGUCGGCUUCUUCUCCGACUCCUUCAAGGACCUCUUCCAGCGCCUGGUCGCCUUCGAGCCCUCCGAAAGGCCAAAGAUCGAGGACAUCGCCGGCCACCCCUGGAUCAAGGAGGCGGUUUGCACCCACGGGGAGAUCAAGGAGGAGUUCACGCUGCGCCAGAAGAGGCUGGACGCCAUCCUCAGCGACCGCAGGAUGGAGAUGGAGAAAUAACGCCAGCAGAAAGUGACGGCAGUCUCCGCGCAGGGAUCCGCCCACCGCGGCAGCAGCGAGGUCAAUGAGGAGUUCAUCUCCCUCUACAAUAAGGAAUUCCACAUCAAGCGCGCCCUCCCCACUCUCGAAAUCACCUCCAAGGAUGAUAUCGUCCGCAGGGAAGCCCCCGCACUCACCAUCUCACUGCUGAAGGAGUUCAUCGAGAAGCACGAGAUCAAGCUCAACGAUGACGAGGAGGAGGAACUCAUUGGCGACGAGACUGACAUCCUCAAGUUCUCCCAGAUUGUCGACAACGGCACU